AAGGCAAGGCGUGCGUCCGGACGCUCACCGCCAACUAAACGCGAGAGGGACUCUGACAUCAAUAACAACUCGCUCAUCAAUAAGAAAUUUUGAUGGAGUUAGACUGCUUAAUUAAAUAGCUCGCCUUGAAGGUAUUAUAGGCUCUCUGAAUGUACAAUAUUUGAUCUGAUGACCCCCAAUGGAGAACAUCUGAAGGAAGACUUCAUCCACAGGAUAGCAGCUCGGUAAAAGCGGCACACAUAAUAAAAUUAGGAAAUUUCUUAUCUUUAAGUGAUGGCUAUCAACACUGAUACUGCCUUUGAGAAAAGUGCCCUGGGCGAGAGGGAAGUUUCAAAUCUCAACGACUUCCAAGACACGGAAAAGCUUCUGAACACCGCGCCCACGGAACCCACCGGACAGAACAACCUCAAUCCAUCCGACUCCUUCUCCCUCAGCAUCAGAGGGAGCGCUCGGUCGCUGGAUGCGGACCAGAACGGACACAGAUCACAACUAAAGUCGGGCUCCGUGGGGCAGCUGGCGACCCCACCCAGAUCCUUGUCCCGGCAAAGCCUGGGCACGCUGCCUUCUCCGGUGCCACCCGGGUCCCUACCCAAGAAUUAUCUCUGGCUCGCCGUGCUGUCCUGUUUCUGCCCCGCAGUGCCGCUCAACAUCUGUGCCUUGUGGUAUGCAUAUGUGUCGAGGUCUGUUCUCCAUACAGGAGAUAUUGAAGGAGCAAAGAAGUAUGGGCGUCUGUCUAUGCUGCUCAGCUGUACAGCAAUACUGCUGGGUGUGGCUCUCAUCGUCUUCAUAGUGUAUACAACAGAGAGCCGGAAGUGAAUCGUGGGCAGGAACGAGUCUCUAACUCCAUCUGAUCUCAAAUUUGCACAGAGACGAGGAGGGAAGAGGAAAAAAGCACAAAAUCUGAGUUGAAAACAAGCUGAAGAGACUCUUAAUGUACAACUUAAUGCUUUUUCUGCAACGGAGGAAAGAAGCUCCAGGCCAUUUCUCUUUUUCUGGCAGCACAUGUCCAAUAACCCCAUAAACUCAGGAACAGAGAACUGCACACAGCUACUCAUAGUCCAAACUAGUGGUGCACUGAAGUACAUACCUCCCUGACACAGACAAUUGGAUGGCACUACAUUUUGACAAUAAAAAAAACACACACACACACACGACACCAAAAAGACCUACAGACUAAAGAAAAAACAAUGAAUAAAGAUUUGUAAUGUGAGGACUCGGGUAAAACACUCUCUCGUGUUCAGACAAAAAAGACGUCAGUGCACCAGUAGUCUGUAAUGCAGCCACUGCCUUCCCUGUUUCUCUUAACAUUUGCAACAAGACUGACUCUUCUUUUUGCUCAGUGCAGGAUUUUUAUGGCUGUUGGCAGAUGUAUCUCAUACACUGUUUACAUCAAGUUUAAAAGUCACAUUCUCCCUUGGUGCCCUGCUGCAGCCAUAGUGUGAUAUCUUGCUUUGCGUGCUACUCUGAUAAAGCGAACAGUCCUGUUCAGACUCUAAUGAACUGCCUGGAUCUCUACACCUCAUUAUGUUUACAGUAUACUACAAGAUAUGAAUGGGGCUGUUCUCCUUGUAUGCACUGUUCUUGGCACUCUGAUGUUGAUGUUUAUACAUUUAUACUGUAUGACUGGUUUACAGUGCCAUAGUUCUGCAUGUCGGAAAUAAACUUGGAUGAGCAUGAUGAACUUGAAAGCGAGC